AUGGCGAUCCAAUAUCUGAUCCUGUUGUCCCGUCAGGGCAAGGUGCGCCUCGCAAAGUGGUUCACCACGCUGUCCCCCAAGGACAAGGCCAAGAUCGUCAAGGACGUGUCGCAGCUGGUCCUCGCACGCCGAACGCGAAUGUGCAACUUUCUCGAGUACAAAGAUACCAAGAUUGUCUACCGCCGCUACGCUUCGCUCUUCUUCAUCGCCGGCUGCUCGUCGGGCGACAACGAGCUCAUCUCGCUCGAAAUCAUCCACCGUUACGUCGAGCAGAUGGACAAGUACUACGGAAACGUGUGCGAGCUGGACAUCAUCUUUUCCUUCACCAAGGCCUACUACAUCCUCGACGAGCUCCUCCUCGCCGGCGAGCUGCAGGAAAGCAGCAAGAAGAACGUGCUGCGAUGCAUCGGGCAGCAGGACUCGUUGGAAGACAUGGAGGGGAGCCAGGCCGACACGGCGCGACGAGCCGCUGACACGCAAGCCGUCCACCUGACCUCGUUCGCCAUCGCCAUGCGUGUCAGACUGUCGGUGCCUCAGCCGCAAAGUGUCACUAGGCCGCCGGUUCCACAACAACCAAGCAUCUGGAUCGGCCCUCGGUCACGCCUAGUGCUCAGACCAAAGGGCAGCGACACGCACUCCAAACACGCACCCAAACCGCACCAUAACCGCUCACCAAUACGGAUCCCCCUCCUCCGUCAUCCAUCGCCGUCAUCCAUCGCCGCCAUCCAUCGCCGCCAUCCAUCGCCGUCAUCCAUCGCCGUCAUCCAUCUCCGUCUUCCAUCUCCGUCGUCCAUCUCCGUCGGCUACGAUUCCUCGGCAUCGAACCACCAUCCCAACCGACAGCCCGAACCGUCGGCCCAAACACGAGCAAACGUCGUCACCGAUACCACUCCCUUUCCGCCGUGCCGGCGAUGCACGCCGACCCCUGCCGCUAGGCCCUCCCGUCUGGCAUCGUCUCACCACUCGACCGCCUUUCAUCCGGCCGUCCGAUCGCACCCCGGGGCCUCCGCGUCGCCUCUCGCUACCCUGACCGCCCCGACCGUCGACAAGACGCUUCGCUUACGCUUUGCUUCGCGUCGCUCACCGACACGUCCCUGCGACGGCACCCAGAUCGUCGCUCUACCCAUCGCAUCGGCCGUCCGUCCCCUCAGCCGUCCGUCCUCUUUGCCGCCCGUCGUUGCGACGACCGCAGACCGGGCCCGGCGGCCAACUGGUCGAGCUGCCCUUCUCCCAUCCUGUGAGACCUCUCCUCGCCAUCGAGCCGACAUCGGCCAUUCUCAUCCGGCGCCCUCCACAUCCACCACCGCCCUCAUCGCCACGCGGACGGCUGGAGCUGCUUGCCGGAUCCCACCCCCCGCAGCCUCGGCACCUUUGUCGUUCUGCCGUGCCCGCUCGCGCGUCUACCUCCCGGUCCAGGAUUUCGAACCCGUCACGAGGGCGCUCAACUUCAACACGCCCGAUUGCAACGUCACCGGCGGCUGCGACCUGUACACGACAAAGUCCACGGGCUCCGACAAGAAGCUCUACCGAAACAUUGACAAGGACCUCAGCUCCCAGCACGAUGCCCUCGUCAAGCUCGGCGCGAGCCUGUCGCCGCCGGAUCGGGCCCAGAUGCUCGCCACCUCGCCCAACAUGCAGCUGUUUUCCACCUCGAGCGCCUUCGGCCCCCUGUCGGACCUCUCGAGCCGCCGCACCUUUGCCUACCUCAUCGCCACGCUCAACGCGAGCCACCCGCACUACGACUUCUCCCACGUGCUGCGGCCGGGUGACUUCAAGCGCGAACGCAACCUGCGCCGCGUCAUGGUCAACCUCGAUUCCAUCCUGCAAAACGUCCGCCCCGGCUUCGAGGCCGCCUCCUUCGACUCCUCCCUCGGCAGCGACCUCGACUCCAUCUGGGGACCUCAGUGCUGGUCCCUCAUCGACAAGGAGAUGCGCCUCAACGAGUGCACCCUCUUCAGCUACCACCCGGAUCCCGAUCCGUUCGAGGAGGACGAGAGCGCCAUCUGGGCCGUCCACUACUUCUUCUUCAACCGAGCGCUGAAGCGCGUCGCCUACCUCUACGUCCGCGUCGUCCCCGUCGUCUCGUCGACGAGCCCGACCCUGACGCCCAUCAAGGUCGGCCAGCACAAGCGCCAGACCGACUUUGCCGCCGACGACGCCGCCAAGCGGGCGAGGUACUGGCUCGGCGAUCGUCAGGCCGAGCUGGUGCCUCCCUUCGAGGACGACGAGGACCCUCAGGAUGACGGCCUCUUCUGGAACCGCGGCGAGGACGGCGACCUUGUGCCCUUUUCCGAUGACGACUACUUUGAGGAGCUCGAGGACGACGGGGAGCUCGAGGACGGCGGCGACCUGCCAUUGGAUCAGGGCCACGACAGAAUGAUGAGCGAAGACGUCGCCGGCGAGCUCGAGAUGUAG